GACAUUUCACCGGAAGUGUGUUCUUAAAAACGCGGGAGAAGAUGUGCAUGGAGUGUUGACAUUUUAUGCUGACGGUAACCAUUUAAAAUGUCCAUAAAACAAUCAAAUCUGUUCUCGUUCUUCUCCAAAACGCCAAACAAAGCUCCAAAUAGCGAAACAUCAAAGAAAGACGUGUUGUCACCCCGUCGAUCACCAAAUUCGGGUAAAGGGAAAACACCCACAACCAACGGCAAGAAGAAUACCGACACCAACACAGAGUUCGAGCCUGGUGCUGUAGUAUGGGCCAAAUUGGAGGGGUAUCCUUGGUGGCCAAGUCUGGUGUGUAAUCAUCCAACUCAGAAGAAACAUACCAAAGGAGGAAAACAAGUCCAACUGCAUGUCCAGUUCUUUGAUGACCCUCCAUCUCGGGCCUGGGUCCGGGCAAAAUAUGUCAAGGACUUCAAAGGUUCAGACGAUAAGGAGUUCCAGCGAGGAGGUCAGUUCCACUGCCACGAUUCCGAGUGUUAUGAGGGGGCACUGAAGGCUGAUGCAGCUAUAAAGAUGGGUGUGGAGGAGCGACUCUCCACUCUCAUUGUGGAGCUUCAACCUUCUGACAGUGAGGAAAGUGCAGAGGAGGUAACAGAACCCAUGGAGUUUGACCCUGAUAUUUUUGAUGCGGAGAUGGAGGACGGGGAAGCGGACAACAGCAAGGAAAACCAUAAUGACAGCAUCAAGACUGAUGACAGCAAGACAAGUCCAAGGAAGACAUCCAGUAAGAAGAGUCGUCCUUCACGAUCAAGUGGAAAGCACAAGAGAAGGCGGCUUAUGUUGUCCACCAGUGGAGAAGAGGAGUCAGGCGAUGAGUUCAAACCUGACUCAGGCAGCAGUGAUGAAGAUGACAGUGGCAGUAGUGGUGAAGAUGAGGAUAAAGUUUCUGGGCCAGAAACAGAAUCUGAUGCUGAAUCUCCUGUCAAGAGUAGGAAGAGGAAGCGGCCGAGUUCAACCCCUAAGCCCAAGUCGUCCAGUCAGCCCAGCAUAGCUGACAGGUUUGCAGGGUCAAUGUUGUCGGCUGAGAGACGGCACAGCUUCAAACCUGCAGUGUCGGACAAAACCAAGUCAAAACUUGCAUCUUUCAAUGCACCAGAACAAGUUGUAGCAGACACCCCUGAUGUUCAUGGAGAUUUCCCUCAUGUGAAGCUGGACUUCCUACAACCAGACAAGAUAAGAGAUAUAAAGGGGAGAAGAAAGGAUGCUGAUGACCAUGACCCAAGGACAGUAAUGGUGCCUGACACUUUCCUUAAGAAACAGACUCCAGCCAUGCGGCAGUGGUGGGAACUGAAAGUGCAUCAUUAUGACACAGUUUUGUUUUUCAAGAUGGGUAAAUUCUAUGAGCUGUUCCAUAUGGAUGCUGUGAUUGGUGUUUCUGAGCUUGGUCUUAUUUACAUGAAGGGAGAGCAUGCCCAUUCAGGGUUCCCUGAGAUUGCAUACACAAGAUAUGCAGACUCCCUGAUACAGAAGGGCUACAAGGUGGCCAGGGUUGAACAGACUGAGACCCCAGACAUGAUGGCGGACAGAUGUAAACAAAUGUCACGGACUGCAACCAAGUUUGAUAAAGUGGUGAAGAGAGAGGUGUGUCAGGUGACCUCCAGGGGUACCAAGACGUAUCGUCACGUAGAGGGAGACUGCAGUGAUGUUGACAGCAACUACCUCCUAGCCAUUUGUGAGAAGGAGACUGGGUCUGAUGGAGGCAGUGUGUACGGUGUUUGUUUCAUCGACACUUCUGUUGGAAUAUUCCAUCUGGGGCAGUUCACAGAUGACCGUCACUGUUCCCGCCUCCGCACUGUCAUCGCCCACCAUACUCCAUCGCUGGUGCUGUAUGAGAGAGGGAAGAUGUCAGCCAAGACAAUGCAUUUGAUCAAAACUAACCUGUCGUCUGCCCUGAAGGAAUCGCUAGCAUCAGGGACAGAAUUCUGGGACAGCUCCAAGACUCUGAAGACGCUAGCGGAGGAGGAUUACUUCAAAGUGGAGGGCAAAGAGUUCGAGUGGCCUGGAGGCUUGAAAGAGAUGAUGUCUGAAAGUGACUCUCUUGGACUGACUGCAGCUGAUGAGUUUGAACUGGCAGUGCAUUCUCUGGGUGCUGUCACAUGGUACCUCCAGUACUCCCUGUUAGACCAGGAGCUGCUGAGCAUGAGGAAGUUUGUACAGUACCGGCCUGUAGACUCUACUCCCACUGUUGAGAAGACAGCUCUGCAGUUCUCACAGAAACACAUGGUGCUGGAUGGGGUGACCCUGAUGAACCUGGACCUGGUGGAGAACUGCUUGACCGGAGGAACAGAGGGCACUCUGCUGGAGAGGCUGGACCAAUGCUGUACUCCGUUUGGCAAGAGGUUGUUCCGGCAAUGGUUAAUCCACACCUUAGGGUCAGCAUGCAGAAGCAGGAAGCACCCGGACAGCAGAGCUAUCCUGUAUGAAGAAGUCAGCUACAGUAAAAGAAAGAUAGAAGAUUUUCUUGCAACACUUGGAGGAUUUAAAUCUGCUUUUCAAAUGGCACAGAAAGUCCAGACUGACACGUCUAAGUUCAGGUCCUCACUACUGAAGAAGACUCUGUCCAUCCGCUGCUCCGAGACAGACCAUGGACACUUCCCUGACAUCAGUGAGGACUUGGCAUUCUUUGAUGCUGCUUUUGAUCACAGUAAAGCUCGUAAGGAUGGAACUAUAUUACCAAGUAAAGGGGUCAACCCGGACUAUGACCAGGCCACUCAGGACAUCAAAGCUAUCGAGAAGAGACUUGUGCAGUAUCUGGACAAACACAAACUAACAUUUAUGUUACAGGCAAUGGUGUACUGGGGAACAGCCAAGAACCGUUAUCAAAUGGAGAUACCAGAGGUUGCUUGGAAACGGGUGCCCAUGGAGUAUGAGGUGAUGUCAUCUAAGAAAGGAUGGAAACGGUACCGAACACCCGACAUUGAGGACAUGUUGGCAGACUUGACAGAAGCUGAAGAUAGAAAGGAUACAGCCCUGAAGGACACAAUGAGGAGAGUAUUCUACAGCUUUGAUGAAAGGCACAAGAAAUGGCGUGAUGUUUUGGACUGUCUCUCAGUGUUAGAUGUGAUUAUCUCCCUUGCUCAGUACUCCCGGUGUGGAGAUGGUGUCAAUUGCCGUCCAGAGCUUGUGGACCUGGGGGAAAAUGUUGAGCCAUUCCUGGAGUUACGUGAGGCUCGUCACCCAUGUGUGGCCCGAACAUUCUCUGGUGGAGACUUCAUACCAAAUGAUACUGUGAUAGGUGUUGGUGAUGAGGCAGAUGAGGAUGGUGAAUACUCCCGCAGUCGCAUUGUGCUGGUGACGGGGCCCAACAUGGGUGGGAAAUCUACACUCAUGAGACAAGUGGGAUUGAUAACUAUCAUGGCUCAACUGGGCUGUUAUGUGCCAGCAGAGAAGUGUCGACUGACUCCCGUAGACCGUGUCUUCACUCGGCUUGGUGCCAGUGAUAGAAUAAUGGCGGGUGAGAGCACAUUCUUUGUUGAGCUAAGUGAGACAUCAGCAAUCUUACAACAUGCCAGCAAGCACUCUCUUGUUCUCAUGGAUGAACUAGGUCGAGGCACAGCCACAUAUGAUGGCACUGCCAUUGCCUGCUCUGUUGUGCAGGAGUUAUCCAGCGGUGUCAACUGUCGCACGCUCUUCUCAACUCAUUAUCACUCACUGGUGGAGGAGUUCAGUCAUGAUACUAAUGUCAGGCUGGGACACAUGGCAUGUAUGGUGGAGAACGAGAAUGAGGAAGAUCCAUCUCAGGAAACUAUCACCUUCUUGUACAAGUUUAUCAAGGGUGCAUGUCCCAAGAGUUAUGGCUUCAAUGCUGCUCGUCUCGCCAACAUUCCUGAGGAGGUGAUCAAGGGAGCAGUUGGGAAGGCAAAAGAGUUUGAAGAAUGUUUUAACAGAUUGAAACUUCUUAAGUCCCUGUGGUGGGAGUGCACUGCAGACAGAGUGCGUGCCAUGCAGCAGGUUUACCAGUGACACUUCUUCAACAUCCUGCUUGAGAAGUGCAGUGUGAUGUGUACAGUAGGCCCGUAGGUAGCAGUGGAACAGUCCAUGUUGCUGAUGAUGAGGAUGAUGACAAUCAUGCUACACAUGAAAACAUAGAACAGACAGAGGGCAGUGACAGAACAUCUGCAGUCAUCCUCCAGUCUCUCCUGGGGCUCAAUUGAAGCCAUGCCUUCUUUCAGCAUUGCAGGGCAGACAUGUCCAAUCAGCACUGAAGCUGAAGACUUAAAGCAACAUAUUUGGGACAUGUAGUGUUCAUAUAAGGAAUCAAAUAUGAUGAUUGAUUACGUUUUUCAGCCUGAGACAUUUUUGUAUCAGAACUUUGUUACCCAACCACCAAAUUUAUGUAAGUAGUGUGAAAGAUAGUACAUUUAUGUUCACCUGCUUGUUAGUGUUGUGCAGUUAUCUGGAACAAAGAAAUGUUAUGACAUGUCUGUAGUUUGAGAGUUCUGGAUUUAAGUGAAUGGAAUUCUACACAAGCGUGGACGGGGCUGAAGGUGAGGUAAUUGACAGAGAGUCAGUGUCUAUAUGAAUGUGUGAAUUGUAAUGGCUGGUGGAUGCUUGACAACAUGCCACAGUCAGCUUGUCCUGAUGCAAGAAUCCUCCCCAUUACAGGGUGGAGGACAUUUGUCAUCUUAUUCCAUUAAUCAGUUCAAUGCAAGUAUCACAUACCAAGAGAAAGCGUUGACUGGACAGUACUUUGUUUCAUGUGUAUUUGACACAGUAAACAGCAGUGAAGAGUCACUGACAAGAAGCAUGUUCACCUUAAAUGAUUUAGGUGCUUUGUGGCACACUCAGUAAACACCCUUUUUGCAAGGUUUGGCUAAAACCCAGUUAUCUAACCUCCAUGUUAUAAUAUUGAGAUCCGGUUGGUUUCACAUGAUUUGACUAUCCUCCCUACAAGGAAACCAAUAACACCCUCCGUGAAGAAAACAGACAUGUUGAGUGGGCACAAUAAAUCUCCAAGCACCCAUCUGCAAAGUAAUGAGCUGCACAAUGUUACAGGGUGAAAAUAGAAUUAUACAGCCGUUUCCAAGCUAUUGGUCUUGGUUUUCAUUCUUUUACAAUGGUAGAUUGAAACAUGUUGGUAAGAUAAAUUUGUUUUAGUUUUAAUAA